UUCUGCAAAAGUAAUAUUUGAAAAAGAAAUGACAGCCCCAGAAGAGCAAGGAGUCUCUCCGUUCCCUGACCCUCCUAGUCUGUUCUAUAAACUGUACACUGAUGAUAAUAUCCAGUCAGGCCGAGCCCCUCCACCUCCCACACCUGCCAAGGGACAAUACACAUCAUUUGGAGCUCCUUUUGAUACCCAGGAUCCACUGAUACGAUCACUUGAUUCCCAAGGUAUCCCCAAGGUUUAUCCUGAGAAACAUGAUAAGAAAGCUGAGUUGAAGAAGCUCAAUCGAUCUAUUUCAAUCUGCUUUUUGGAGCUCUUGGACAUCCUAAUUGACAACCCAGCAUCUCCUACUAGGAGCCAGAAGAUCAAAGAUCUAACUGAUCUGUUCAUCAAUAUGCAUCACCUUAUCAACGAGUUUAGGCCACAUCAGGCACGAGAGACACUGAAGGUUAUCCUGGAGCGUCAGAAGAAACAACGAGACGAAGUGAUCACUCAAGUACAAAGGUCCACUGAACAAGCUCGUAUGAAACUUAAGGAAUUCUCUGAAUCUGUUAGAGAGUCGAUGGCCACCAUUCAUCAAAGUGAGAGUCUGCUCGCUACUUUGGGCCCCACCACCACUGACACAGAUGCAAUGGACACUAGCAACAUUGUCCAAGAACUUAACAAACAAACAACUAGCGGUGCAGAUGAGCUGGUGGAACUACAAGACUCUGAACUAUGUACUCUCAUAGAUUCUCUCAUUUCUGGUUCAAUACCAUUAUAAUUAUUUUUCAUUGAAAUUGUAUACACAAUCUUUAUUUUGCAAAUAUAAAUUAUCACAUCAUAAAAACAUAACUCAAUGACUAUAA